CGCGCCGCGCUGACACUGCGAGGUUCACAACUCAAGAGGAGGUGGUGGUGGUGAGGUGGUGGUGGUGGGGGGGUAACGAUGGUCCGGGCCGGCCGCCGCUGCCGCUGGUGUCCCUGUUGUCGCUGAACCUCUUGCCGCCGGGAACCCCCCACCCCACGCUGCUCCCGACUCCCCCACCACCCCAUCCCACCCCCCUCCGCACUCCUGCGUUCCCUACCGCCAGAGCAGCGAAGAGGUGGCCACACAAUGACGCUCAUAGGAGCGAGCGAUUUCGUGGCGGAGGCGAUGGAUGAUUACAGCGCGCCCACGGCCUCGGACUUCGGCAGCCGGAUCGCGAGCUGCCGUCACACCGUGAGCACGCUUGAAGAGUACUUGGACGUCGACCGCAAUAUCUUGCAGAAGAUUAAGAAAGCCGUGAAAGCCAUCAACGCGUCCGGGCUGGCCCACGUGGACAGCGAGGAUGCUCUGUCACAGGCUCUGGACAAGUUUGGGAAUACGUUUGUGGAGCGGAACGAGAUCGACCUGGGCGUGGCGUUCACGAGCGUCGCCUCGUGUACCAAAGAGAUCGCCGCCGUCCUCAAAAACAUGAUCUGCAACAUGACCAACAUCUUGGUGUUUCCGCUCGAGUCCGUGCUCAAGGGUGACUUCAAGGAAGUGAAAGGGGAACUAAAGAAGCCGUUUGACAAGGCUUGGAAAGACUACGAGACGAAAUUCUUGAAAAUUGAGAAAGAGAAGCGCGAGCAGGCCCGGCAGCACGGCAUGAUCCGCAACGAGAUCACGGGCGCCGAGAUCGCCGAGGACCUGGAGAAGGAGCGCCGCAUGUUCCAGCUGCAGAUGUGCGAGUAUCUCAUCAAGGUCAACGACAUCAACACCAAGAAGGGCGUGGAUAUCAUGCACAGCUUCAUCUUGUAUUUCCAAACGCAGUACAAUUUUUUUCAAGAUGGUCUCAAGAUCAUGGACAAAUUCAAGAUGUACAUCGACAAGGCCAAAACUGUGCUGGAAUCCGUGACGCAGAUGCAGGACGAGGAGAGGAACCAGCUGUGCGUGCUCCGAGACGUGCUCAAGACAGCCAUGCCCAGGGAGUCUCGAGAGGAGUCGCAAGCAAAGUUGGCCGGAUACAACCUGCAUCAGCUGCAGAGCAACAAGAACUUUGGCAAUGAGAAGACGGGCUUCCUGCUGAAGAAGAGCGAUGGGAUACGGAAGGUUUGGCAGAGACGGAAGUGCGCCGUGAAGGGUGCAUACCUCACCAUCUCGCAUGCCACGGCGAACCAGCCGCCUGCCAAGCUGAACCUGCUCACCUGCCAGGUGAAGCCGUGCCUGGACGAGAAGAAAUGCUUCGACCUCUUCUCCUACAACAGGACAUAUCACUUCCAGGCCGAAGAUGAGCUGGACUGCUUGAACUGGAUCCAGGUGCUGGUGAACGGGAAGGAGGAGGCGCUCAACAAGGAGUUCUUCAACGACAGCGGUGGAGGCGUCGGUGGUGGUUACGUGGAGGGCAGCAGCGCCGAUGACCUCACCAAGGCCAUCAUCCUGGACGUGCAGCGGCUGCCCGGCAACAACAUGUGCUGCGACUGCUCCGCACCCGACCCAACGUGGCUGUCCACCAACCUGGGAGUGCUGACGUGCAUCGAGUGCUCGGGCAUCCACCGGGAAAUGGGAGUGCACAUUUCCCGCAUCCAGUCUCUCAAGCUCGACCGCCUGGGCAACUCCGAGCUGCUGUUGGCAAAGAACGUUGGCAACACGGGCUUCAAUAAAGUCAUGGAGGCCGAGCUGAAGAGCACAAAUACGGCCAAACCCACGGCGAUGAGUGACAUGGAGGCGAGGAAGGGCUUCAUAAUGGCUAAGUACGUGGAGCGGCGCUUCGCCCAGAAGCCCGAGGCGACUGCUCAGGACCUGCGCGGCGCCUUGGUGGAGGCGGUGCACGAGAAGGACGUGCUCAAGCUCCUCGUGUUGUCCGCCAGCGGGGUCGACCUCUCCGGCUCGCUGCCCAGCACGCGUGGACAGGAGGCGGGCGAGACUCCACUGCACCUGGCCAUCCGGCUGGCGGAUGUGUCUCUGCUGCACAUCGUCGACUACUUUGCGCAGAACUGCCACAACAUGGACAAGCAGACGGAGAGCGGCAACACGGCGCUGCACUACUGCUGCCGCCACAACCAGACCGAGGGCCUCAAGCUGCUGCUGCGGAGCAAGGCCCACACUGACAUCAAAAACGCCGAUGGAGAGACGGCUCUCGAUGUGGCGCGGAGACUCAACCACUCGCAGUGCACGGAGCUGCUGGAGCAGGCGAUCGCAGGCACUUUCGGCACCCGGGUGCACGUGGAAUACAACUGGAACCUGCAGCAGGAUGACUUUGAUGAGAGUGACGACGACCCAGAUGAGAAGGUGAGCCCCGUGCGGCGCGAGCGUGGCGCCCGCCCCGUCAGCUGCUACCACUGCCCAUCGCAGCAGCACCUGAGCCGCGAGCGGCCCGGCUCGACGCGCGAGCGGCGCCCCCCGCCGCUACACGGGGUCGACCCGGGGUCGCGGCAGCUCUCGACGCUCGCCAGCACCGCCAAGCGGGUGGCGGCCGAGGUGGCGGCCGCGGCCGCGGCGGCGGCGGCGGCGGCGUCGGCUGCUGGGACGGAUUACAGUAACGGCGGGCAGCAGACGGACGUCUGCUCGGCACCUCCGCUACCUCCUCGCAUCGCCGGCAGCACUAUCAAGGGCCCACCCGUGCCGGGCCUCCCCGGCCUCGCCGCUAACAUGGUGGCGGGCAGCUGCAACUCGAUGUCGCGGAAAAAGCCGCCUCCUCCCCCGCCUGCCAGCAGCCCCGGCUCGGGGCACAAGCGGACCCUGUCGGAGCCGCCGGGGGUGAUGCCGCCCACGCCGCCCGUGCGCGGCUCCUCGGUGCUGCGCGGGUCCAACGAAAGCUCGCCGCCUCCGCCCCCUCCCGUGGCCAAGCCGGCGGCGCUUUGCGACAUCGGCAAUCGGCAGCCAAGCCCUGACAACAAAUUGCAAGCUGGGAAACGGCCAACCAUCCACGGCCUGCGUGUUCUACCCAAGAUGCCUCCUUCCGCCUCAGCGUUGAGGAGGAGGUCCGAGACGACGGGGAGCACCGAGUCGCUGUCGCAGCAGCCUCCCGUCAACCCGGCCGCCAGGCCCGUGCUACCCGGCACCGUGAGCCGCACCCCACCGCUGGAACGCCUCGGAGCCAAGCCUCAACUGCCGGACCACCCUGGACACAAACCGCUGGCUCCGGAUCCUGGAACGAAGCCACAGUCUAUGAAUCACCCCAUGCCCAAACUGAUUCCGCCCGAUCCUGGUACGAAGCCUCACCUCCCGGAUCUCCCUGGAGCCAAACCUCAGGCCUCCGAGAGCCGGGCCAGACUGCAGAUGCCGGAGCUUCCUCUGAGCAAGCCGCAGACUCCGGAUCCUGGAACCAAGCCCCAGCUUCCGGAUCAGAGAAGUAAGCCACAAGCUGCAGACCAGAGCCUCAGGCCGCAGCCGCUCGCGCUGGCGCCCAAGCCUCAGCUGCCAGAUCCGGCAACCAAGCCACAGCUCGCUGAACUCACGCCGGUCCGGCCCCGAGCCCCCGAGCAGUCGGCCAAACCUAGCCGGUGGAGCACCGAAUCUGAGAGAGCGGCGAACAGGAUUUCCCGUGGCCCCGAUCCUCCGAUGCGACCGCAGAUGCCGCCGCCGCCACCGCCGCUGCAGCGGCAGCAGCACGGCAAGCGCGUGUCGGGCUCCACGGAGGAGGUGCAGGCGAUGGAGGAGCAGCUGUCGCCCUCCUCGCCGGCGCCACUUCCUCUGCCGCGCAAGACCGUGCAGCGAGUGAAGACGAAGCAGCGGCGUGUGAAGGCCAUCUACGACUGCACAGCCGACCACCCCGACGAGCUGACCUUCCACGAAGGCGAGGUGUUGCUCGUGGUGGAAGAGGAGGAUGCGGAUUGGUGGAUCGGCCACGUGGAGGGUGAGCCGGAGAGAACGGGCGUCUUCCCCGUGUCCUUCGUCCACAUCCUCUCUGACUGACAGCGCAGCAGGAUCUCACGUCCGUCUGAAUCGUAGCUGGUCUUAGAUUCAGGGGACACACUUGCCCGCACACGCACACACAAGGGCCACAAACACACGAGCACACAGCAAGACUUCAACCAGCGUACCUACGAAUAACACAAACGAGUGCAAAAAAUAUUAAUCUUUCCACAUGUGCUCUCACAUGAUAAAGUGACAUGGGAAUUAAAUUCAAAUUCCAUCCAGUCCUGUCUUGUCCCUUUAACAUUGACUCUUCCCCCUAGUACCCGUCCCAACAAACAUUGUCCCAUUCUGCUCUGUAAGCCUGUCGCACGCACACACCACAAAUACUACCACAACAACAGCCACCAUUCACUACUAAGUGGCGGUGACGUCACCACGGCGCUUGUGCCAGAACAGGUGCACAUACACGCAGACACGUCUAUAUUUCACCAUACAUUCACAUACUAACAAAGACACACUAACAUGCGCACACACGUGCCAUGCACACACACACAGGUGCAUGCAAAUAAUAACAUGCAUACACAUCGUAACAUGCGCACUCACACACAUACUUACGUGCACACAAAUACCCAAUGUUCCUCCUCUGUCUAUUCCCUUUGCUCAAGUCCCAUCCAUUCCCAUGGGUUUUGAUUCCAUUCCUGCAUGCUCAUGUGGUGCAUUUUCUCAUUCCAACAGCACUUCUGCACGGUUGCCUUCCUUAACUUCACUCCCCAAAUGCACGUUCCCCAAGACACAGUGAGGCCUAAAUGUUUCCAGCAUGUUCCACCACGGUUUUUAGCUGAUAAGUUUAAUAAUUUACUGCCCCUUUGUCGUUCCACUGCGAGUUUGAAUGCUUCCUAUCGCUGUGUCGGUCAUGGAGGUUGUUUGACCAUACUUCACCACGCUGGUAAGUGCCGGUUGGUGAAAAGGGGUGACCCAGGACCGGUUGAGAUAUCACCCUGUUACUACUCCUCUUCUUGCGUAUGGAAACAUAUUCAGGGGGCUAAAUGCCAUUGUCGAUCUUGCUAGCCACGAGAGGGCUUCUUUUGAAAGAGCGCAGACGGUGGUUUACUGCAUUGUCCAUAGUUACUGACGAUAGCCGUGAGCUGGGAAUCCAACUCCGAUGGCAGUGUGCGUAUAACUGCGCCACCAAGGAGAUUAUGAAGAGCCGUGUACAUUUAAACUAGGAAGGUUGCAUGACCAAUCUGGCUGUGCAAUGAUGAAGCAGCAAAGACGGCACAGUUGAUCAAAGAUGCCGUCUAGAGGCUCGCUUUAACCACGGGCCGUGGUGUGUGUAUGUACAAGUGUGUGUAUGCUGUGUAAAUAGAUAUGGCCUUUCCAUUUGCAACCCACUGCAGAUGCUGCCUUUGACUCCAGUUUUGGCUGGUCACCGAAACUAGUCUGUUGUACCCGCGUCGCAGUAAGACUUGGGGGGGGGGGGGGGGGGGCAAGCUUCCCAGUCAAUCGCCUUGUUUCCACGUUCAAUGUUAAUUAUAGAAGAACAAUGAUGAUUAUAAGGAAAAAGCAAUGCAAUGCAUACGUAUGGGUGAUAAUUUGUAAUCUCUUUACUGCAAUGCCUCCCACGAGCCUCCUUUGUUGUGAUCGUACCCUUGCUGACCCUUACCCCAUCACGCUGGCAUUUCAAAACUUGAGGGCUCAAUGCAGUGAUGGGAACACAAAGCACAAUUAAUUGUGGGAGACGCCACCUUGGUUUUUUUGCUUUAUUAUUUGCAACCGGGGUUUAAUUGCUUACGUUAAACCCAGUUUUCAUAACCCUCCUCCAGACGACUUGAAUCCCGCCCCGACCACCCACCUCCCAGCAAUCUCUUUGCAAAGAUAAAAACAAAUUGCUCCCCAGGGGCGUCGCCAUAGCCACAACGUAGCCAUUUGAUUAUCACUGCCUGGGGCUCCGCCAUUAGUCACGUAACUAAUGAAUCCAUCGUUGGGAAUAAACUUUGCGAGCCCCAUCACGUGUGUGGUCGUGCGAGUGAAUGAACAUGGAGUCGCGUAGGCUUCUUCAACUGGUAGCCCCGUGGGUCAGACCUAGUGGUCCACUGAACUGUGGCCCGCCGAGAGAUGUUGACUCACCGAGACCUAAAGAGAUUAAGAUUAAUGUACUGAAAGCGAGGUUCACGAGAGGUAUGCGACUUGGAGAUAAGAGGUAUAGAUUUGUGGUCACAUGCACAGACGUUAAGAAUAUCGCGACGCCACGUGACUUUAUCCCGUGUGUUUACAUGACAUAAGGUCAUGUGGUCCACAGCAGAUGCACAUUUUUUGGCCCUCCAUAAAAUGCAGUUGAAGAGUCCUCGAGUGAAUUGUGUAUGUAUGUUGAACGUCUUUUGCACCGUACGUGGCCAUCCGUGCUAAUCGGAGGUGCAGGAGAUGGAACAUGGGGCUGAUCCUUCGUUGCACUGCACGCAUUGCCUAUCAGAGAUUUAAAAGCUCUUAAAGUCUCGUCUCUUGUAUUUAGUUUUAUGUCAAUUUUAAGUGUAUAUUGACUUUGUGACCGAGUAUAACAAUCUCGCAGUUACUCAAUAACUUUCUGUUGAAAAGUCAAUUACAGUUUGAAACGUACGAGCAGGGAGGAGGAGGGGUUUUGUGAAUUAGGAGAUGUGGUGAAGCUACCUAGUGAUGAGCGCUGUGCGUCAUUAAUUUUAACAAAAUUCAACAAAAUCAUUUUUCCACCCUCGAGUGUCCACGUUGUACCGCGUGUUUGUUCGGCUCCGCGCACCGGGUGGCUCCCUGUGCCAGGUGGCUCCGCGUGUCGGGGGGCUCCCUGUGCCAGGGGGCUCCCUGUCCCAGGUGGCUCCCUGUGCCGGGUGGCUCCCUGUACCAGGGGGCUCCCUGUGCCGGGUGGCUCCCUGUGCCGGGUGGCUCCCUGUGCCGAGUGGCUCCCUGUGUCGGGGGGCUCCCUGUGCCGGGUGGCUCCCUGUGCCGGGUGGCUCCCUGUGCCGGGUGGCUCCCUGUGCCGGGUGGCUCCCUGUGCCGCGUGGCUCCCUGUGCCGGGUGGCUCCCUGUGCCAGGUGGCUCCCUGUGCUGGGUGGCUCUGCGUGUCGGGGGGCUCCCUGUGCCAGGUGCCUGCCUGUGCCUUGUAGCUCCGCGUGCCGGGUGGCUCCACGUGGCUCCCUGUGCCGGGCGGCUCCUUAGCACCGGAGAGAUCCACCACGUGGAACGAAACGCUAGACAUCAGAGCUACACUGUAGCACAAACCGUGACAACCUACGGAGCCUAAUUGUUUUCCUUCUGAGAUUCAACAGGUCAAGGAGCGCGGAGCACUUUUAAUUGUAAGCUGCCUGUCACCGUUUCACCGCUAUUCGUGUUUUUACAUGUACACAUUUUUAAUGCCAGCUAUUAAUUUCAUUAGAAUAGUUUUACUGUAUUCCUAUUCCGUUUUAAUUUUCCACCAUUAUCAUCACGUUAUCUCAUAAUUAUCAUUGAAUUAUUGUAAUAGAAAAAAACAUUGUAAGCAAUGCCAAUUAGCACAUUUCAAGAUUGUUUCUGGUCCAAUAAUGACCUUCACCAUCGACGACAUUGUCCGUAAUUGUCACGAAGUCUUUUUUUAUCACAAUAUCAUGAUCGAAUUAUCAGGCCCGUCUUCUGGCCACAUUUCUGAACUAUCAUUGCAUUAUCAUGUGCAUCCAUCCAUAUCAACAUCACGCCACGAUUACAUUACAUUUAAUACCUUCCCCUUGUACAUAGCCAUUUACUUUAUUGUUCAAAAUCCCAUAUCGAAGUUUGAGUAAGCUCUUGUCACUCAGCACUUACAUAUUCAAAAUCCAAGUCUUGUCGUUGUCUAGUGUGCAUACAUAUACAUCGCUGUUCCCACUCACACGGUUUAGUUUGAUCUCCGCCCUCCCCUCCGUGGGGAGAUGAAUGGGAGCGUUCGCAUAGUCGAGCCGCGUGUACUUAACCCAAAAGCGUGCCCAGGAUCACGGCGCACGCCGCAUAUGAAUGAAAUAUUAAUGUACGUAUGUAUGUUGAACUUCUUUCGCACCGUGUACGUAGCCAACCGUGCUAAUCGGAGGUAUUGAUACAGUACCUGUACAUUGCGUUCGGUUAUUAUUGUACUUGAUGGCCCAACAGUUGGGAGCGCAGUGGGACGCUGCUGUCAGACCUCCCGUGUGCACGUGUUUUAUUGGGACGCCUCUUCCGAGUGCACUGCGUCAGUGCUUGAGAAUUCUAAGAAUCGGCGGAGAGAGCCUGGCAGCACACGUGUGUACCGUGCACACAUUUGCUGAAAAUGUGGUGGAGACAGUUCCAGGCGCCAAACCCACGUUCGGUUGGCACAUCGGUUUGUAAAUGCAUUUGUGAAGCCUGCAAGCUUGCCACGUCGCGUAUACAAUGCCAUUUCUGUCUGCGUCCCAUGCCCGAUAUAAAUUAACCUCUUGAGAGUAAAGCUCGACCCAUGAAUAUCAUCACUACACUAUUCCCAAUCCCGCCGACUUUGAGAGGUUGAAAGCGCUUCUUCCUAUUCGUUAAUAAGCUAAGUCCGGUUUAUGUUUUGGGCGCCUGAUCAAAACUAUUUGUGUGUGUGUGUGUACACGCCACAGCCAGCUUAAUUGCCUCGUGUGUACAAGGUAUUUGGGCUCUGUUGGUGGCAAGCAAGCCCAUGGUUUACACUGUGUGGGCAAAAGCAAUACUAUUCAAGACACGAAUAACACAUUGCCAGUAAAUGAACAAUCCAUGCAGUCGCGUGUCGGGGAGGGGGGGGGGGCACGAACCCCCCCCCCCCUCCGGAUGGUGUGUUGUUGCGCACGGUUAGCGUGAAGCAUGUUAAUGCCUGUAUCCUGCCAAACUUUGUACAUUGUAUUAAAUGCAUUAAAAGGAAGCAUAUGUUGCGAUGCAAGGUCCUG